AACAAGAAAAGAUGACUUCUUUUCAAGCUAAAGGGAUGGUAAAUAAUAAUGUUUAAACUUGCAAGAAGGAUUGAAGGGGCUGUGAUACUGUGAAACGAGCAGCACAAAUCCAAAUAAGUAAGGGAAAGGAGAGAAAAAGGAAAGGUGUAGUUUCCAUUUAGUACCACGUAGCACCCCAAAUUAUUCUACAAGAUCUGCCUACGCCAACCAGAAAGCUUUCAUUGGUUGUCAUAACUAGCAAACCUCAAAUCGUCCUAAAGACCAAAAGAGAGUAAGACAAAAGAAAGGGUAGAAAGAUGGAGGUUGGUCAAUUGCAGAAAAGCUUUGUGGAUUACACUGCAUCUUUGUUUCGGGAGGGCUUCUUGGAUGGUCAGUUUAGUCAGCUUCAGCAACUGCAAGAUGAGAGCAACCCGGACUUCGUUGUUGAAGUGGUGUCUCUUUUCUUUGAAGAUUCUGACAAGCUUCUCAAUGAUCUCACCAGGGCUCUGGAUCAGCAAAAUAUAGAUUUCAAGAAGGUCGAUGCCCAUGUUCAUCAGCUUAAGGGCAGCAGCUCCAGCAUAGGUGCUCAGAGAGUAAAAAAUGCCUGCGUUGCUUUUCGCAAUUUUUGUGAAGAACAGAAUGUUGAAGCGUGCUUAAGAUGCUUGCAUCAAGUAAAGCAAGAGUAUCUCCUGGUGAGGAGCAAGCUUGAGACUUUAUUCACGCUGGAGCAGCAGAUUAUCACGGCAGGGGGAGCUAUUCCCAUGAUGGAAUGAGAUGGUCCUUUGAUAAUCAGAACUGUGCAGAGAAAACCAUAAUAAGCUCUCUUUUUGUGAAGCUAUCUGGAUCUUCGAGUGAGUUACAUCACUAAGCAUAAGGUUCUCUAAGAAGUGAGGUUUUGUAUCUAGGAAUUUUUGAUUGGAACUGGAAGAGGUGUUGUGUGCCUUUGCUUUGGUGAACUCAGAAAGUUAAUGACUUGAGCUUUUCUUAUAUUUCAUCUAGUACUAGGUUUCAGUCUGUUCAGCUGUUACCAAAUAUCAUCUUGGAUCAAUUUAAGUUCUUGUUCUUUGGUACAUCUGAUGUUUCAGUUGUACCAAUUUGGUGGAGCCUCUGCGUUGGGAUAUUAUUUUCCGGGCUGCACCUUCUGGUCUGCCAGCAUGUCCCUAGCCAUAGAAUCAAUAUUCUUGAGAUCGGUUAUU